AUCAUCUUGUUCUUAAGAGGCUGCAAAGAGCUGGGACUUAAAGAAUCUCAGCUUUUUGAUCCUGGUGAUCUGCAGGACACAUCAAACAGAGUAACCGUCAAGAACAUUGACUAUAGUAGGAAGCUGAAAAAUGUAUUAGUCACCAUUUAUUGGCUAGGGAAAGCGGCAAACAGCUGCACGUCAUAUAGUGGAUCAACCCUGAACCUGAAGGAGUUUGAAGGUUUGCUGGCACAAAUGAGAAAGGAAACGGAAGAAAUUGAGAGCCCAAAGCGCAGCAUUCGUGACAGCGGCUAUAUAGACUGCUGGGACUCUGAACGCAGCGAUUCCCUCUCCCCACCUCGCCACGGCAGAGAUGAUUCCUUUGACAGUCUGGACUCCUUUGGCUCCCGCUCGCAGCAGACACCGUCUCCAGAUGUAGUGCUCAGAGGGAGUAGCGAUGGGAGAGGAAGUGACUCGGAAACUGACCUGCCACACCGAAAGAUGCCAGAUGUAAAAAAAGAUGAUAUGUUGGCAAGGCGGACCUCACACGGUGAACCUAAAUCAGCUGUGCCUUUUAACCAGUACCUCCCUAACAAGAGUAAUCAGACUUUCUAUGUACCCGCUCCACUUCGGAAAAAGAAAGCUGAACGAGAAGAGUACCGAAAGAGCUGGAGCACGGCAACUUCACCGCUAGGAGACAGACCUUUCAGAUUCGGCCCCAGAACUGCUGUGUCUGAUGACGCAGAGAGCAUGAGCAUGUUUGACAUGAGAUGUGAAGAAGAAGCUGUGACUCAGCCUCAUAGCAAAGCUCGCCAUGAGAAACUGCAGAACGUACACAACCAGCUGAAAGAGGAUGAGACCAGAUGGCAGGACGACCUGGCUCGGUGGAAGAGUCGUCGAAGGAGCGCUUCACAGGAUUUAAUAAAAAAAGAAGCUGAGAGAAAGAAAAUGGAAAGGUUAUUGUCUGGAGAUGGAACUAAUGAGCGCAGAAAAAGCAUCAAAACCUACCGAGAAAUUGUGGAAGAGAAAGAGAGAAGAGAGCGGGAGCUUCAUGAGGCAUACAAGAAUGCAAAGUCACAGGAGGAGGCUGAGAGCAUACUCCAGCAGUACAUCGAAAGAUUCACUAUCAGUGAAGCUGUCCUUGAGCGUUUGCAGAUGCCAAAAAUUCUGGAAAGAAGCCAUUCAGUGGAGCCAAAUUCCCCACUGAAAGACCCAAAUCCUCUGAGAUAUUUAAGGCAACAGUCGCUGCCUGCUCCAAAAUUCACUGCCACCAUUGAAGCAACUAUUGUUCCCACCGCUGAACUAGAGCCCAGCAGUUCAACAGGCUGCACAUCUCCCAGCAAAAGCGUUGUCUCCAAGGCUGUGCCUGUGCUGACACCCAAGCCUUACUCACAACCCAAAAAUACACAGGAAGUUUUAAAGAACUUUAAGGUAGAUGGAAAAGUCAGCAUGAAUGGAGAAAAUUUCAACGGCAUGGAAGAGAAGGAUAAAGAGUGUACAACAGUAAUAUUUACUCCUUCGCCAAGCAGAUCUCUGACAUCUGACGGAGUAGCCAGAGGGAACAGGCCCUCAGUAGAGUUGAAGAAGGACCCCACAAGUGUUGAGCUCAGUUUACAGAGGCCUGCCACUCAGAGUGUGCACAAAGAGCCAACAUCUCUGGCCAUGGACAACCAGGCCAUAGAGCCUGCAGCAAGCAUGGGAGCUGGGAUGGGCUGUGAGCACAGACUUGAUCCUGUCAGAGGGAACUGUGUCUUAGCCCUCGUGGUGAUAUUGGCAAAGGAGGCAGCUGCAUCUGAAUUCUCAGAUUCCUUGUGA